AUGGCAGAGACCGCGCCAGCAGCCGCCGCUCCUCCUCCUCCCGCCGAAGCGGCCGCCAAGUCCAAGAAGCAGCCGAGGAAAUCCGCCGCGGCAGCAGGGGGCGCCAAGAAAAGCAAGAAGCCGUCCGGUCCCAGCGUGUCCGAGCUCCUGGUCACAGCCGUGUCCGCCUCCAAGGAGCGCAGCGGGGUGUCUCUGGCCGCCCUGAAGAAGGCUCUGGCUGCCGGAGGAUGCGAUGUAGAGAAGAACAAUAGCCGCAUCAAGGUGGCCAUCAGGGCUCUGGUCACCAAGGGGACCCUCACCCAGGUGAAGGGCAGCGGCGCCUCCGGCUCCUUCAAGCUCAACAAGAAGCAGCAGGAGACCAAGGACAAGGCGGCCAAGAAGAAGCAGCCGGCGGCCAAGAAACCUGCAGCUACUGCGGCCAAGAAACCCGCUAAAACCCCGAAGAAGCCCAAGAAGGCUCCGGCCAAGAGCCCGAAAGAAGACUAA